AUGGCUACUAAAACUGCUCAGACCUCUAAUUCGGCCGGUGUUGCGAGUACCCCUAUCCUUCCUACUGUUGUGAUAGUCCCAGUAAAUCACGGGAAAAAGCCAGAAAAGUUCCUUGUAACUGACUUUAAAAUAUGGCAGCAGAAAAUGUUGUUCUAUCUUACUACAUUAAAUCUGGCGUGUUUCCUUCGUGAGGAUGCUCCUGUACUAAAAGAGGAUGAAACCGACCGACAAGUGUUUGCUACAGUCAAUGCUUGGAAACAUGCUGAUUUCCUUUGCCGGAACUAUAUCUUGAAUAGGCUUGAUAAGACACUGUACAACGUGUAUAGCCCCAUCAAAAUGGAAAAGGAAUUAUGGGAUUCGUUGAAGAAAAAGUACAUAACAAAAGAUGCUGGCUCGAAGAAAUUCGUGGUGGGCAUAUUUCUGGAGUUUCUAAUGGUUAAUUCAAAGAAUGUGAUCAGCCAAGUUCAGAAUCUCCAACUCAUCCUGCAUGACAUUUAUGCAGAAGGCUCUAAGGAAGGGGACACAAAGAAAUUCAAGUUUAAUGGCAAAUGCUACAUUUGUGACAAAGAAGGACACCCGGCCAAAGAUUGUCGUAGCAAGCGCAAAGGUAAAGGAAAGUCAAGUAUGAAACCUGCUCAAGCCAAUGUCACUGAAGUGGAGAAAAUCUCCAAUGGUGUAUAUGACAUAAACCUUUCAGUCGUUGUCUCUGAAGUCAACCUUGUCGAAAAUCUCAAAGAAUGGUGGGUGGACGCUGGAGUCACUUGUCACAUAUGUGCUGACAAAAAGAUGUUCUCCUCUUAUUCAGUGGUGGACAAAGGAGAACAAUUGUUCACGGGCAACUCCUUGACUGCUAAAGUCGACGGUAAUUCCGAAGAUGAUAUCUGUAAAUGA